AUGGAGUGGCUAAAACAUUCCAACCAAUCAAGUGAGAAAUGUGACAUUUGUAAUACGCCCUACAAGUUCAAAGUGAUUUAUGACCCAAACAUGCCCAAAAUUAUACCCUUCCCACUAGUUUGGAGCAAAUUCGUACAAGUGGCGUCAAACACAGUUGUCAAGAGCAUAUGUAUAUUCUUGUACGUGCUAUGCAUCAUCAUACAAGUGCCGAUAUUCUGGAAGUUUUGUGGGCGUGUGUACACUUGGGCAAUGGAUGGAAGGUUACCUGUAAAUAAUCCCACUUUCCUUGACGCAUUAUAUUUUGGCAAUUUUGACAUACUGGAACUUGCUCAGAACACCACUGCAUCGCAGCUCGCAUUGCUAAAGUUGCGAAAAUUUCUCAGUCAUACGUACUUUAGUGGGGUCAGAUACAUCUUGGUGGGGAUUAUUAUUCACAUUGCAUUGUUUGUUGAAAGAGAAUGGGUUGUUCGGGAUGAAGGAUACUUGAAACUAUUGCAUCGUAAAAUUGGCAAAGAGCCAAAGACACAGUUGGUUGAUGUGUUGCAGAAUGCAUUGGAUGUUUUGAGAAGACAGGAGGAUCGUAAUGAAAGAUUGAAUGUUGUACAAGAGGCAAAUUUGAAUCGUGCCAUCGACACUUUACAACAUCGUGGAGAACAAAUGAAUGUUCGAUAUGAAGAGGAGUUGAGGCGUGCUAUCAAUAGAGGCGAGAUUUUCAAUGGAGACGUAAAUCAGGAUGGAGAUGUCCAUGGGGGUGACACUCGUGAUGAUGUCGAAGUCAUCCACGAAGACGAGGAUAUUGUCAUCGAUGAUGCCCUCAACCAUGAUGAACCACCUGCAGAUGCCCAUAGAGUGGUCAUCAAUGACGAACAGGAGUCUGACGAGGAAGAGAUGGUACGUCAAGCAUUGGAUGAUGAUUUUGAACAAAUGGCACAAGAAGAAGGCAACAACAAUGGUGGAGCUAUUGGUGAAAUCAUGGAAGUAUUUGGUAUUAUCUUGAAUAUUAAAACACCCCUUUUCCUUAUGGUUGUGUGUGACUCCAUCAUCACGGCGUAUUUGUUCUGCAUAUAUGUGGUACCUUACAUCUUGGGGGAUUUGCUUGUGUUUGUAUUUGGUGUUGCAAUCAAGUAUGUAUUUCAAAAUAUUCCAGAACCCAAGUGGGACACCACUAUCAAAACCGGCUACGAAUUUGCUGAUUUUUCGAUCCUCACCAUUCAAGAGUACAUCGUGGAGCCUUGUGUAAACACAUUCAAGGACUUGGUUUACCCUGAUGAUGCACAAUACACCUUAGCUGAUCGGAUUUUGGUACUCACACUAGGAUAUGCAAUCAUUGGCAUCACCAUACACAAUAUCAUGAAGAGCUUAACAUCGGGGCCUAAACCGAUUGUUGGAUCAUCGAGGCGGGUUUACAAAAUUUUGUUUGAAUUGAGCUCAACAGCAAAAGUGUUUGUCAUCUUUGCUAUUGAGAUUUUCUUUUUCCCCGUGUACUGUGGUUGGUUAUUAGAUUUUUGUGCUGCUCCAUUGUUUCUCGAUAAGUUUACUCAAGUGACAAAAACAGGCACGACGUUUAUUCUUUUCCUUACAUCAAUUGACAGCUGGACUCAAGUGCCAUAUAUCCGUACCCUGCUUUACUGGGCAUCAGGUACCUUGUACAUGUUAUUUUUUGCGUUGUUUGUGGGAAUGGUGAGAAAUACUAUAUUACGCCCCGGUGUGUUGUAUUUCAUUCGCAGUCCUGAUGACCCAAAUGCUAGAUUGAUUCAUGAUGCAUUAGUUAAACCAUUGGGUCUACAAUUGUCGAGGAUCUACCUUAGUGCAAAAGUUUAUACUGGGUUUAUCUUGUUUGGAAUUGGUGGUGUCACUUGGGGAUUGAGGUACAUGGUUGCCCCUAACCAUGGAAAGUACAAUGUAAUGUUGCCCAUGGAAUUUCUGCUUACACCAAGUGGUUUAAUAUUUAUGGUUCCUUUAGGAUUGAGUUCGGCAUUUAUUAGGCAGAUGUUGCCAUUGAUUACAAAAUACGUAAGAAUGUAUUGGUCAAAAGCAUUUGAAAUCAGUGUGCAUAAAUUGCGAUUGUCUCAUUUCAUUUUGGGCAAACCGGUUGCACAUGAACGUGGGCAUGUUGUUUAUCGUGAUUUGAAGGAAAGAUUAUUGGCCACAGCUAUACCGGAUUACGCACAACCGGUAACUUAUAGACAAGCACAAGAGAAUUUUGCAACCAAUCCUGAAUGCAAUGCAUGUUUUGUUCCUGAUGGAUAUUAUGUGCGUGCACCUGAUAAUGAUACUGUUUCUCGGAAAUUUCUCAAGAAAUUGUUUGUUCCAGUGACAAAGGACGACAAGUUGUUGCGUGACGUUGAUGUAAAUGAUUUAAAACAAUCUGGAUACGAAACUCCAUCUAGUGAAGAAGAGGAAAUGAAUACAGAUGAUGCGUACUGUAUUGUUUAUCGUCCACCUAACUUCAAAAUUCGUUGUUUUGCAUUGAUUUUGAUGCUUUGGGUAUUUGCAGUGCUCCUCAUAUUAUCUGUUAUAUUGGUUGCAUUAGUGAUUGGGCGUCCAGUAGCGGUUGCUCAACUGAGUAUAUUUGACAAUACUUUGCCAUUGUUUUCACCAGGCGAGAUUAAUUGGAAGUUGGCAGAUCUGGUUAGUCUUAUUUAUGGAUUAUUGAUGGAAUUCAACAUUCUUAAAUUCGUGGACAAGUAUAUUGAACAAAAGCAUCAACAAGGUGGUGCGAAUGAAGUUGAUCCAGAGGAUGCUCCAAGAGCAAGGAUAUUUGACAACUUGUUUGGUAUUGCUGGCGCUGGUGGUGCCAAUCAACAAAAUCGCGUUGCUAUAGUUAAAGUUUUCAUCUUGUCGUUGAUUGUUACACUUUGGUUCUAUUGGGUUGCUUCUGUCCACAUCUUGUGUAUUGAUUUCCCAUUACAAGUUUGGCUCAAGACCUCAAUGGCCAAAAUGGAAUUCAUGCCCACAUUUGUUCAUUUUGUUGCCCUGUGGUGGACUUUAUUACCAGCCAUCAUGUACUUGGGCAAAAUUCAAGCUAGAGAUUUAGAUCUUCAAGAAAGUAUCAAGUCAAUGGGAUUGGGCUACUUGUUGAUGAACUAUGCAAUGAUUUAUAUUCCCUCGUUGAGUUAUACAGCAUGGAAGAUUGUCACUACCGAAGCUUUGACCUUGCGAGAUGUCGAUGUUGCUGGACCUGGUUAUUUCCCCAUUGCGUGGGUAUUUUCAUUUAUUGUGUUUGCCAUUUAUCGAUCCUUGAACAAUGUCAUCAAAUUUUAUGAUUAUAUUGGACAACAGAUUAAAACGGAAAAGUAUGUGAGGGGAAGAGCAAUUGUCAAUGAUGAUGAAGAUGUUAGCGAAGAAGAGAGAUUAUAG